GCAAGUAAUGGUCCAAGACCUGGUUAUCCGGGUGGGCAUGCAGGAGGUGGACCACCUGGCAAAGGAGGCCGACCCCCUUCCAACCCAGGCCCGGGUCCUACUCUACAAUACAGACAUGGUCCACACCCCCCUCACCCCUCUCACGCCCCCCAUGCACCGCACCCACCAACCUCACAGCACCACCAACAGCAACAGCAGCAGCAACAACAGCAGCCUCCACAGCAGCAGUCACAGCCUCCACCACAGCAUCCUCCAGGUCCUCACCAUCAGCCACAGCAACAGCCACCACAGUCUGGUCCAUUGCAGUCGAACCAGCAGUCUGGACCAGCAUCUCAGUGGGUGGGAUCCGGGCCGCACCAAAAACCUCAACAUCCUCAACAACAGUCACAGCAGCAGUCCACUGGUCCAAGUCAACAGCAAGCACCACAGCCAAGUGGAGGGGGUGGGACAGCUGGGUCUCAGUAUGCAAGUGUUCGUUAUCCUGGUCCUCACCCGGGCCAACCCCCGGCUGUAUCGCAGCCCCCAGCUCCUUAUCAACCGCCCCCGCCAUCAUACCAUCACCAGGUAGGUUCUUGAGGUCUUUGUAGAUCGUGUUAUAUGCUAGGCAUUUCCAUUUUUCUUUAGGGGUUUCAUAACCUAUUACGUUCCAAUUUCUAUUUUCUUGAAAUUAUAAUCUUGACCUAUAUAUAGUUUUAUGUUGAAUUUGGGAAGCAGCUCCGUAUUUUUUGUACAAAGUAAGUAUUACACUUUGUAAAAGAUUGGGUGUGACAUAUAUGUCAUGCUUAGUGAAAUCAGUGUCAUUUUCAGAAAGAAUGUGUUAUGCUUACAAACAAACGUUUACUUAUAUAUACACAAGUUCUAUGUCUUCAGCUUUGCUUUAGUUUUAUAUCAUUCCGAGUUGAUGAAAGUAGUAAAAAAAAUUUAAAAAUGCUUUGAAAAGGGAGAUUUCAAGGAGUGCAAAGUCUCAUGACACACUUAUUACACUGAUUGAAUUAGGCUCUCUUACAUCCACCCUUGCACAUCUUUGUACAUUUUUCCUGAUAGUUUUGCAGUUUUACUCCAUCAUAGUGAAUAUCUUCUGAAACACAUUUAGUGUGUCAAUCUUCGCUUGACAAGGUUCCCUGGAUUUGUUGGGGAUACUCCCUUUUAUGUAAAAGAAUACUGUGGUUGUUAGAGGUUUGCUCCUUGCAUUUCAACCGAGUCAUGUUACCUCCAUACUUUUUACGCAAGAGCCAAGCAUUUUUCACGGUUUCAUCAAACAACCAUGUAAAUAUUUGGGUUGUUGAAACUGUUGCCACGACGGAGUUGCCGAUCCAUAUGCAUAUGAAAUUUGUUACAUAUGUCAGCAGCAUAAUUAGUUGUUUUGAGUACGUAAUUUGAACAGAUUUCAAUUGGCAAGUCUUGUAUCUGUUCUCACUCGUUCAGUGCCCUCAUGAAUUAUCCCGUCAAAUAUGGAAUUUAUUUAAAGAGAUUAUCGUCAUGUGAAAUAUGUUCAUUUAAUAUAACCUUUCUUCAUGCUUUAAGAAGAUAAGCUACAGUAAUGGCCAGGAAUUAAAGUAUGUUAUGGGUAAAAGUGGCUGUGUUUUACUUGACUUAUAUCGCCAGAUUGAAGAUGGUAAAGAUUGAAAUUCAUAUUAAAUAGGAAUCACCUAAAUAAUAUCAAAGUAUUUCUUUUGAGAGUGAUGCUCCUUCUAAAGGAAAAUUCAUAACCUGCUGGCAUUUUAGAAGAGUUGGUUGUUUUGGACAGGAAUUAGUGGAGCUACACUUCAAUUGCUUACCAAUGACCAUAGAUGCAAGGACAAGAUCUAACGCCUAUGUUGAUAGGUUACCACAGGAAUAAUCUAAAGGACUUGCUAUCUUUUUCAAACAUGAUC